UUUCCGUGUUUACUAACGGCGGCUAAAACGGCCGUCGUACUAAUCAGGUUUUUGCCACCAUAGAAUACAUUUAGUUUAAUUCAAUUAGCAUAGUACAGAUAAUUACAUAUGGCGGAUCCUGCAGUGGCAUCGGGGGGUUCACUAAGUACAGGAGGGGUAAGAGACGGCUUUUAUACUCACCGUCAUUAGCAUUAUGUAGCUAACUAAGCUGUAGGUUUACGGUGUUUAGCUAACUGUUAGCAGUCAGCAGUCUGUUGGAAGAGACUCGUCUGUGCUGAAUGUGCCUCAAUAACUUUAAAUAACUACUCUUGACUCCACCAUGAGCCUGCUGUACCUCAUCACAGACGACAAGCGUGGCAGUGGUAGUAAAGCAGCUACCAGCCCUGCAGAGAACUACCACCUGGCCCGACGUCGCACCCUGCAGGUUGUUGUCAGUGCCCUCCUGACAGAGUGUGGCUUCGAGAGCGCGGAGAAGGCAGCAGUAGAGACACUUACUGAGAUGAUGCAGAGCUAUAUAACUGAAAUAGGCCGGUGUGCUAAAGCUUAUUGUGAACACACAGCCAGAAGCAUCCCGACCCUGUCUGAUACAGUGGUCACACUCAUUGAAAUGGGUUUCAAUGCCGACACCCUGCCUCUGUAUGCCAAGAGAUCACAAAGGAUGGUUAUAACUGCCCCUCCAGUGACGAACCCACCUGUGACUCCCAAAGCUCUGUCAGCCGGACAGAAACGCACACAUCCGGCUCACAUUCCCAGCCACUUCCCAGAGUUCCCCGACCCUCACACCUACAUCAAAACACCAACAUUCAGAGAGCCUGUGUCAGAUUACCAAGUGGUGAGAGAGAAAGCAGCGAGUCAGAGGAGAGACGUGGAGCGAGCGCUCACACGCUUCAUGGCCAAGACCGGAGAAACUCAGAGCCUCUUCAAAGACGACAUCACUGCCUUCCCAUUGAUCGCAGCACAGCCAAGCACCAUCACAUAUCUCAGCGCCCUCCUGCCCUCGGAGCUGGAAUUGCAGACUCUGGAGGAGACGGACUCCUCUGAGCAGGACGACCAGACCGACAGUGAGAACGCAGCAGGAAACAUCAUCAAUGAUGAUCCGGGAGCUGACAAAGAGAACUCGAUGCUGCCUCCUGGUGCCAUCGUUCCCUCCGCAAAGGUCAGCGAGGACAACGUGAUCGACAACCCUUACCUUCGACCAGUCAAGAAGCCCAAAGUGAGGAGGAAGAAAUGAGUCCAGUACGGACAAACAGACUCUCUUUUGCCACCGUGGUUGAAACCUGCUGUGUGGGCCGGCACUGCUGUUGGCUUUUUGUAUACUGACUUCUACUGAAGAGAACCUUUUCGUUGUCGUUUCUUCAGCAAGCGCUCACUUUGUUUAAAAUUUGUAAUGUCACUUUGUAAACAACAUCAUGGUAUAAAAAUACAAACCUUA